AUGGCGCCUAAGACGAUUAUCGCAUUUGAUCUUUACGGGACUCUAUUGUCCACCGAAUCGAUCGCCGACGAGCUAGCAAAGAUUUACGGCCAAGAUCAGGCAAAGUCUUUAGCUGCGUUAUGGCGACGGUAUCAGCUGGAAUACACGUGGCGGAUUAACAGCAUGGGAGAAUACAAAACAUUCGGCGAGAUAACACGAAAUGCUCUACAUCACGCCGUAGCGGAACAUGGUCUCACGCUAGCUCCGGAAAACACAGAUGCUCUCAUGAGAUCGUAUGAUGCGUUACACGUCUUUCCAGAAAUACCUUCCGCGUUGAAGCUUCUGGAAGAAAAUGGCGAUUCGGUCGAAGCUUACGUCUUCUCAAACGGCACCGGAGAGAUGGUGGGAAACUCGAUCAAAACAUCGCCGGAUCUAGGACCUCACUCUGGAAGAUUCAAAUCGCUAAUCACCGUUGAUGAUAUCAAGUGUUUUAAGCCGGACAGGAGAAGCUAUAACCAUCUUCUCGAACAUGUCGGAAAACAAGAGGACAAGGGUGACGUCUGGCUUGUAAGCGCCAAUCCAUUUGAUAUCGUCGGCGCGAGGGCCGCAGGGUUGAAAGCGAGUUUCAUCGAUAGAUCCGGCAAAGGUUGGAUAGAUCGGUUAGAUGAGAAGCGUGCCCCGUCAGUGAUAGCAUCAGGUGUCGACGAAGCGAUCAAGUUGAUUUUGAACUAUUAA